AUGGUAUUCGUUCAUUCAAGGCAAUGGCAUCCUCCAAUUGCCCAUGUUUACCUGUGUGAGGUGAAUUUCCUGAGGAAGAAGAUGAGUGCUUCGGGAUCCAGUACUUUGGUUUGCUCUCAAUACGUCAAGGAGAAAACAAAGUGCGAAUAUGGUGUCGGUUGGCGUGGAGGCGUCGAUUGUGAAAUUGAUGGUGUCGCACAUUUCCGGGCUUCGGUAGAAGUUGCUAAUGGGCUUCGUGAUCAAGACCGAAUUCGGAUAAAAAACCGUGGUCAAUAUGUUCAUCUCCUCAACUAUCAGCUGCACAUAUACACACAACCAAUCGAUGAAAUGCUUUCCUCAUCAUUUUUUUUUUUUUUUUUGUGUUUAUUAUUUAAUAAUUUGUUUGAGAGUGUGUUUGACCUGGACUCCAUCGAUCACACAACGGUCACCGAUGUCGAAAGGGUGCAUGACAAAGACGAAGACUAUGGACUCGAAAACGGUCUUGCACAUGUUCUGGAAGGUGAAGCCGACAAGGAGAAGCUGAGUCAGCAUGAAGGCUAUGACUUUUGUGGAGGCAACUCCCAUGACCAUGAGCGAAAUCACGACUAUUAUCACGCUCACAAUUGCGCUUGCCACCUUGUGAAGCUGCUGCACGGCCGUCUUUGUGUCGUUCAGCGAGUGGGCCAGCGACUUACGCUCAUAGUUGAGGUUCACUUGAAGAAUGGAAUUUGUUUGUGUUUGUCUGAAAUUGAUUUUCUGAAAGCAGAUUUUGUGAUCUUGCCGGUCUCGAGGGCGCCUUCGAAGAGUGGGAAAAUGGUGUGGAUUUCUACUCUCUUCAGGAAUCUCAUCAGAUCAUCUUCUUCAAUCCUUCGAUAUCGUGGUCAACCCGAACGACCUCACAUAGUUGACCAGCCUCUUGACUGUCCAUGCGGACCCCGUGCUCUGCAUGCUCAGCUUCUUCAGCUUCUCUAUAUCUAUCCUCUUCGUCCCGUACCUCCUCGACAAAACCCUAGACGAGUCCCUUAUCCUGGCCGGCAUCGACCUCGACACACCAAGGUUCCGGCAGUGGGCCUCCUCGUACGCCACGUCAUCCAUGGGUGGGCCCGACAGCGUGUCAAGAACGUAGUGAACGAACACGCUCUCCUUCAUGCGGUCGAAGUGGUGACGUGGAAUGACGAGGCGAGCACUUUGACGAGCACGAUCUUGACGAGCCAGAUCGUGGCCCCGAUGAGGAAGGCAACUAGGGCUUGGAAGGACUUCUCCAUGAGCGCAUUCUUCUUGUGGAGCUUUGCGUUGAAGAUGAAGGUCCACGAGACGAGGACGAGCCCUAGCCACACGCAGUUUUGGAUGCUCCUACGAAUCCCGUAUACGAAGUACAAGACCUAG